AAUGAACUGUGGGUAAUUUCCGCCAUUUUUACAGGAAGGAGAAACUCCCACUUUAGCCGGCAAGUAGUAAUAUUACCAUGACUGAAUAGCUGUGACCAUAACCUCCUCACGAUGAUCGGUGGACUGUUUGUAUAUAACCAUAAAGGAGAGGUCCUUAUCUCCAGAGUCUUUAGGGAUGACAUUGGACGUAAUGCUGUGGAUGCAUUUCGGGUCAAUGUCAUUCAUGCACGUCAGCAAGUGCGCUCACCCGUGACCAACAUUGCACGCACCAGCUUUUUCCAUAUCAAACGCUCCAACAUCUGGGUGGCUGCAGUGACCAAACAGAAUGUGAACGCAGCUAUGGUAUUUGAGUUCAUGUACAAAGUCGUCGAUGUCAUGCAAGCAUACUUUGGCAAGAUUUCUGAGGAAAAUAUCAAAAAUAAUUUUGUGCUCAUAUAUGAGUUACUGGACGAAAUCCUGGACUUUGGAUAUCCACAGAAUUCUGACACUGGGAUCCUAAAAACUUUUAUUACCCAGCAGGGAGUGAAAUCACAGUCUAAAGAAGAGACAAGCCAAAUCACGUCACAGGUGACGGGACAGAUCGGCUGGAGGAGAGAAGGGAUCAAGUACAGGAGAAAUGAACUCUUCCUGGACGUACUGGAGUCUGUGAACUUGUUGAUGUCACCACAGGGUCAGGUACUGAGCUGUCACGUGGCGGGCCGCGUCAUCAUGAAGAGCUAUCUCAGUGGCAUGCCCGAGUGUAAGUUUGGCGUCAAUGACAAAGUCCUGAUGGAGAGUAAGAGUAAAACGUUGGAGGAUUCUAAUACUAGGAGCACUGGAACCUCGUCUGGCAAGACAGCUAUUGCCAUUGAUGACUGUCAGUUUCACCAAUGUGUUCGCCUCAGUAAAUUUGAGACAGAGCACAGCAUCAGUUUUAUUCCUCCUGAUGGCGAGUUUGAGUUGAUGAGAUAUCGCACCACAAAAGAUAUUAGUCUUCCUUUCCGAGUCAUCCCAUUGGUUAGGGAAGUAGGUCGUCAGAAGAUGGAGGUCAAGGUCGUUGUGAAGUCAAAUUUCAAGCCAUCCUUAUUGGCCCAGAAAGUGGAGGUGCGUAUCCCGACCCCCCUCAACACUAGUGGAGUCCAAGUGAUCUGCAUGAAGGGAAAAGCCAAGUACAAAGCCAGUGAGAAUGCCAUUGUCUGGAAAAUCAAGCGUAUGGGUGGUAUGAAGGAGUGCCAGCUGAGUGCGGAGAUUGAGCUGCUGAAUACUAGUGACAAGAAGAAGUGGACCAGACCCCCCAUUUCCAUGAACUUUGAGGUUCCAUUUGCCCCCUCUGGGUUCAAGGUGCGCUACCUGAAGGUGUUUGAGCCGAAGCUAAACUACAGCGAUCACGAUGUCAUAAAAUGGGUGCGGUAUAUAGGUCGCAGCGGGAUAUACGAGACCAGGUGCUAACCUUUGAGGUGAUUGGAUGAGAUGACUUUAUUACAUUUCUUCUUUGGAAAUUUGUCAACCUUGUAACCUGGUAGCAGAAUUACUUUUUUGAUAACUCAAAGAUGCGUGUUAUGCCUGAGAAAAAUGGAAAUGAGAUGAUAUUUUGCCUUGAGAAAAAACUUAAGUACUUUAGUUCCAUGUCAUUGACAUUCAACUGCAUUGCAUUCAAUAGUGCAUAAGAGGUCUAUAGAGUGUUAUAAAACUCUGUUAUUUUGACAAAAGUUAAAUGCUGCAAUGAAAAAAGGCUUUGUUCCUGAAGUUUGUACAGAAGAAAUAGUUCAAAUCUGAAGUUAAAAUUGAAUGAUCUUGGUAUAGUUAACUCAAGUCGUAAAAAAAAGCGUGAAGGGGGGAAUUAUGUACAGGGGGCAGCACUCAGAGCAGUAUCAAGAGGAGCCCUUUCCACAGCUGCAAAUUUCAUUUCUAUGAAUAUCAUCGUGUCUGCACAUGUUUAUUGUUGUAUUGUCAUCAGUGUCAGAGGCAGUGGCUGUAUUGUUGCAAUGGUUCAACGUCUGUUUAACUUUCAGAUCUGUGUUUUAGGAUGUAAAACUGAAAUAUCAUAUCUGCUGUACUUGGUCAUUGGCACUUUAUCUUUGGUGAUAAUUGUAACAAGAAUUCUUCAAUUUUGUCAAAUUAGAGGUCUAUUUAUGGAAUCUUUUUGCCAACUUGAGUGCAGAUGUAGAGUAAAACAGCAUUUUUAAGAAGAGAAUUGACUUCCACAUAUAUUAUAGGUUUACUAUAUGGCUGUAAUAAUGACACUAAACUAAUUCAAACCAUUUAAUUGUUUAUACAUCAGUGGAUGUUUGUGCUAAGGAGGUCUCUGUGUAGAGCCUGUUGUUAUGACAUGUAACAUUGAAGUAAGGUCCUAUACAGAGCAGUUAUAUUAUGUCAAAGUAUGUAGAAGAAAUCAUAGAUAAUGAUGUCUAGAAGAUUGACGUGAUGUACAAUAAAAUGAAGUCACUAUGAA